UCUUAACCUCAAAUUCAAAUUUCAACUUCAACGUAUUUACACGUUAUUGAAAAAUUUAUUAGCAUUUUGUGAGGUGUUUAAGUAUGAUUUUAAUUGAAAAUGACAGAGGAUUUGAACAUAAAAAUUGAGAUACCGUUUACCAGCGAGAGAGAGGCAGAUAUUGUGUAUCAAUCUCUUCGAGUUGACAUAGAGCCUAGAAGGAAACAGAUACAGAAGAAGCUGUCUGUCGAGGGCAACAAAUUAAUUGCGGAAAUUAUGGCUCCAGAUGCAAGAAGUUUACGUGUUGGAGUUAAUUCCUUCAUGGACAUGGUAAUCUUAUCAACUGAGACAAUCCACAAGUUUGGGCCUCCAUUGUCAGAGAGUUACAGCCAUUAGUGAUGUCACAG